AUGCUAGAUCUCAACCUCAACUUCUUCACCUCCGAUAUGGACACCUCCUCCAACGACGACUCCUCCUCCUCCACCACUCUCAACUUCCUCGACUUCCAAUCCGACGUCGCCGCCGAGCCCGAUCAUCACCCCUCCUCCGACUCCCGCACCAUCCAGCUCUUCCCCCCUCCGGCCAAGCAGUGGCUCGGCCUCUCCUCCGCCUCCUCCACAACCUAUCGUUACCGCGCUUCUCCUCCUCCUCCUCCUCCGCCGCCGCAAGAGCAGAUGAUCGCGCCUCUCUCGGUCAAGAAGAGCCGCCGCGGACCGAGGUCCCGGAGCUCCCAGUAUCGCGGCGUCACGUUUUACCGGAGGACCGGCCGGUGGGAAUCGCAUAUUUGGGAUAAUGGGAAGCAGGUGUACUUGGGUGGGUUUGAUACUGCGCAUUCUGCGGCUAGAGCUUAUGAUCGAGCUGCAAUCAAGUUCCGUGGAACCGAGGCUGAUAUUAAUUUCAGUGUUGGUGAUUAUGAUGAAGAUAUUAAGCAGAUGAGUAAUUAUACAAAGGAAGAGUUUGUGCAAAUUCUGCGUCGCCAGAGCACCGGAUUCGCCAGAGGAAGCUCGAAAUACAGGGGAGUCACGCUGCACAAAUGUGGCCGCUGGGAAGCUCGUAUGGGUCAGUUGCUGGGCAAGAAGUAUAUAUACCUUGGCCUAUUUGAUACCGAGAUUGAAGCUGCAAGAGCGUAUGACCAAGCUGCCAUCAAAUGCCAUGGAAGCGAAGCGGUCACCAACUUUAAUCCAAUCUUAUAUGAUGGGGAGAUAGAGGCUGAGCCCAACAAUGCAGGCAUGGAUGGUAGUCUUGAUCUAAACUUGGGAAUUGCUCCCCCCUUGGCUUCUGAAUGUCCAAAUGAGAACAUCAACUUGAGCAGUUUUCCUUUUCCGCUAGGCAGAAAUGACCUGCCUAUUCACAUGAGAUCAAGGAAUGAGAACUCUGUUCCAGGAUUUCCAGCAACUAUGAGGACUCAAUUACCUCGUGGCUUAAUGGUGGCAUCUGCGGAGCCUCCUCUAACGAGCAACAUGAACUCCAACUUCUUUCCCAUACAUAUGGAAAGAGCAACGGAGAAGAGUAUGGAUGCUAACUCCUUCCGUAACUGGGCAUGGCAAAUGCAAGGCCAUAAUGAUGGAGCAACUCCAAUGCCACUCUUCUCUGCUGCAGCAUCAUCAGGAUUCCCUUCUUCAACACCACCAUCAUCAGCUGCUGUCCCUCCGCUUCAUUUUCCCAACACAUCAUUUCUCCAGCGCCACUUUUCCCCAUCGUUCACCAACAGCACACCCCAUUUCUAUUGCAGGAGCUGAAGAAACCAAAUAGGAUUUAACCACGGUAAUAAUUUAACCCUCGGGUAGGACUGGUAACAAAAUUUUUAUUUCUUCCACAAUGUAAAGCUUAUGAAACUUUGAAGCGUCUUCAAUAUCAUGGCACUAUGGGUGAUAUUAUGGGAGUACGGGAGAAAUUCAUGUAGGUUUGCCUUGUAUGGCAUAAUUUAGAUCCAAUUAUCUCACAACACCUCUUUCUGAGGUGCUGAACUCUGUAAUUUAGAUUGCAUGGCAGUAUGUUACCCUAUUCUGAUUCCCCUGCCAUAUUGGUUGUAUUGGGUGUCAUAAUGCUCAGUCAUUUACUUAACCUUAUUAGUAAUGAAAUGAUACAUUUUCCAGGUCC